UCGAUAAUUCGUUGACAAUCACUGUUUAAGCCCUGCAAAGCGGACUGAUUCUCUUAGUAACCGCACACCCCGAAAUAAACCCGUCAGUCCAACGUCAAUUCGGCGAGAUGUUGUGAAUUUGCCGUGACCUGGAGUUAAUUCGCUGGGCUUCCAAGAUUUCGCCGCCAACAGCUGGCAGGCAUAAUAUCGUCCAGGUUAAGUGCAGCUCGUCAACCCUCAGCGAUGAACCACCGCAUCAAAAUCGACGUGAUGAGACUAAUCGAGAGCAAAUUCGACGUGACUACUUGCGACAACUACCGCAACUUGAUCGUGAAGUUCAACGGGCCCAGAGGGACGCCCUACGAGGGUGGCGUGUGGCGAGUGCGCGUCCUCCUCCCCGAGAACUACCCCUUCAAGUCGCCAAGCGUCGGCUUCGACACCCAGAUCUUCCACCCGAACGUCGACCAGACCUCCGGCACGAUCUGUCUCGAUGUGCUCAACCAGAAGUGGACGGCGCUUUACGACCUGGUGAUCAUCUUCGAGACGUUUUUGCCGCAACUGCUCAAGAACCCCAACCCGGAGGACCCGCUGAACCAUUGCGCGGCGAUGGUUCUGACCAGGACGCCGGAGAGGUAUAACUAUUUGGUGGUCAAGCACGUGCAGGAGUUCGCCACUCCGGAGAGGAUGCGCGUGUGGGAGGAGGGAGGACAGGCGGAGGAGCAGAAGGAGGAUGGAGUGUCGGAUCUCUCCGACGAUGAGGAGGACAAUUAACGGUGUAUUUGCGAGUUAUUAAAUUUUUUUUUGUUUACUUAUUGUUUGUAUGAGGUGUUCCUUGUGUUGCUAUUAUUGGAAUAAAGUUGGAUUUUAUUUAA